AAGACUUUGAGGAGGAGGAGGACACGCGGCGGGCGGCGCUCUCCGUUUAACCAUUCGUGUUCCGGGCGUGAACCCUCCGCAGCUGCGCCGUGCGUGUCUCCUGUCGAGGCCGGCCAACAGACGCUGAGACCGGCUGCAGCAGCCAGCCUGACCCGACCGCGCUCCGGCUGAGUCACAGGACUCCUUCUCCGGCUUCAUCUGGAAUCUUUGGACUCUAAUUACGUCCAUGGGAAGGUCUGAGUGAGCGCAUCGGCUCCGCCUGGGUUCGGAUCUUGAUGACUCGGAGGCCCCGAGGAGCCCAGCCUGCGGAGCCCCAAAACAGGGUUCGGACACCGGAGAGGAGUGGAGGAGGAGUCGGUCUGUUGGCUUUUGUGAUUGGACUCCGGUUCUGUCCACCAUGAACCCUCUGAACCACAUGAAGGCUGGACUGAGCAACAACCCACACAGUGACGGGUCCUACCCCUACGACCCCUCCUCCUGGCAGCAGCCCUCCAAUCAGCCCACAGGGUCUCUCUCUGUGGUCACCACUGUGUGGGGGGUCACCAAUCCUUCUGCCAGCCAGGGUCUUGGAGGAAGCGUGAUGGGGCCUGGGUCCAACCAGGGCGGGGGCCCCAUGAUGCAGGGCCCUGGAGGGCCGGGCAUGUCCGGUGGACACGGAGGAUACAUGGGGCAGCCAGGAUACGCCGAACCCAACAAGGGCUACGUGAACCCGGGCAUGUACAACCGGCCUGCAGGGGGCUACGCUGGAGGACCGGGCGGUUACCCUGGGAGUUACUCCUCCAACCACUCGGGCUCCAGGGGCUCCGCUGACUUCACACAGGCAGCAGCCGCUGCCGCCGUCGCUGCUGCCACGGCAACCGCCACCGCCACGGCCACAGUAGCAGCCAUCCAGGAGAAGCAGAACUACGGACAGAUGGGGGCUCCAGCCUACAACAACCAGUUCAUGGGCCAUGCAGGGCCUCGAGGGCCUCCUGGAAUGGGCCCUGGUGCUGCCCCCACCAGGGGUCCGGCGUCAAUGGGCUCCAUGUAUGGUCCUGCGGGGCUCUCACAGAGGGGCCCUCAGCACCCAAACUACGGCCCGGGACCACAGCAGGGCCACCCCAGGCCCCAACAGGGCAUGAAAAGGUCUUACAACCCUGAGUCCUUCUCAGGAGUGGCCCCCCAAUACGGCGUCCCAGUCGCCUCUGGAGUGAAUUUAAUGUCCGGCGGAUCGAUGCCAGGUUCAAGUGGAGCCAGUCCGGCUGGGCCGGGCCAGUACUCUGGGCCCAACAUGCAGUACCAUGCAGGUCCUGGUGGUCCAGGCCCCGCCCCCCAGCGCUCUGGACCUUCCCCUUCAUAUCAGAGCCAUAAAAUGCAGCUCCCACAGUACCCUGGCUCUGGACCCCCCAGUUCACAGUACUACAAGCCGGACCAGUUUAAUGGUCAGGGUGGAGGUUUGAACACGCUGCCAGCAGGGGGCGCUGCAGGUGUCUUCAGCUCCUUCAACCAGCCAUCAGGGCCGGGUCGAGGGUUAACCGGUUACCCGUCCUCCCCCAUCUCUGGAAACCCCACCCCGCCCAUCACUCCUGGCAGCUCUAUGGCUCCGCCCUACAUGUCGCCUGGCAACAGCGAUGUCAAACCGAUGGCCUCGUCGUUUCUACCCGACAUCAAGCCCAACAUGGCCAACUUGGCCCCUCCCCCACCCGCAGGAAAUAUGCAGUCCAGCAACCCGAGCGACGACCUGCGGCUGACCUUUCCUGUCAGAGACGGCGUGGUCCUCGAGCCCUUCAGGCUGGAGCACAACCUGGCCGUCAGCAACCACGUCUUCCAGCUGCGCGAGUCCGUCUACAAAACGCUGAUCAUACGACCCGACCUGGAGCUGCAGUUCAAGUGUUACCACCACGAGGACCGGCAGAUGAACACUAACUGGCCUGCAUCAGUGCAGGUGAGCGUAAACGCCACUCCCCUCACCAUUGAGCGCGGCGACAACAAGACUUCCCACAAGCCUUUGUACUUGAAGCGAGUGUGUCAGCCGGGCAGGAACACCAUCCAGAUCACAGUGACCGCCUGCUGCUGCUCCCACCUGUUCGUGCUGCAGCUGGUUCAUCGGCCGACGGUGCGCUCCGUGCUGCAGGGUCUGAUGAAGAAGAGGCUGCUGCCAGCAGAGCACUGCGUGACCAAGAUAAAAAGGAACUUCAGCAGCGGAUCAAUUGCCGGGACGCCUGGGUUAAACGGCGAGGACGGCGUGGAACAGACUGCCAUCAGAGUCUCGCUAAAAUGUCCGAUCACUUUCCGCCGUAUCCAGCUGCCUGCCAGAGGCCCUGACUGCAGACACGUGCAGUGCUUCGAUCUGGAGUCGUACCUGCAACUGAACUGUGAGAGAGGAACGUGGAGAUGCCCCGUGUGCAAUAAAACGGCUCUGCUGGAGGGACUGGAGGUGGACCAGUACAUGCUGGGAAUCCUCAUCUACGUUCAAAACUCUGAGUACGAGGAGAUCACCAUCGACCCGGUGUGCAGCUGGAAGCCGGUUCCAGUCAAGCCGGACCUGCACGUGAAGGAAGAACCGGACGGCCCCGUUCUAAAGCGCUGCAGGACGCUCAGCCCCAGUCACAUGGUCCUGCCCAGCGUCAUGGAAAUGAUCGCGUCUCUUGGCCCCGGCCCGCCGUCCUCCUCCACGCCCACAGUGCCCACCUCAGCCUCCUCCUCGUCCCCGAUGGGCUACUCCUCGUUACCAGCAGGGGGCAGCAACAGCAGCAACACACCUGAUUACGCAGGUCCAGUUCCGUCCUUUCCUUUCUCUGACUUUGGUGGUCAAACUCCCGGCCUCGGUGGCGAGUUCUCCUCCCCUGGCCCCCCUCCUCUUUCUUACCAGUCUGAGCUCUCCAGCAGCCUCGUCACCCCGGACAAGCCCCCGCCUCACUCACUCUCCACGCAGAUGUCUGGCCAUUUAGACUCCAUUUCCCAUGGUGCCUCUCUCUCACAGCAGCAGUCUCAGAGUCUCCAUGGCACCAGCAGCCAGAUGAUGCAGCGCAGCAUCCAGAACCCUCGCCCCCAAGGAGACGCUUCCUUCGGGCUGGGGGGCUCAGCAGAUGUUCCGGAGCCUUCUCUAGAUCUUCUGCCAGAACUCACCAACCCGGACGAGCUGCUGUCAUACCUCGGGCCCCCUGACCUGCCGAGCCACGACAACAACGACCUGCUGUUGCUGUUCGAGGACAACUGAGCCCACAAUGUGAAGGGCGUGGAGCCAGACGCCGCCAUCACUAACAGACUAUUCCUGCCGUGCAGUCGCAAGAAAGAAGGAGGAGAGCGUUGAAAUAUUCAUGUGACGAUGAACUCCAUAGUGACUUUAUCUCUGUGUUUUUUAUUCUGUGUUUUGAUCUUCAUCUUCAUUCCUGAGAGCGACUUCAUCAGGAGUCUGAUUGGAGUCGAGCUGUGUGAUGUAGAAGCAGCGUGUGGUUCUUCAGAACCGGGGCGCUGCUGCUCCAAACGGUUCAGCCGUCAUGUAGGAGGAGCUGAGGUCACGCUUCCACCCAGCCGCGGUUUCCCGCCACGAUCACAGGCGAGCACAACAGUUACAUCUGACCCGGUUACCGUGGUGACCAGCACAAAAGAUGGUUUCAGGAGACGCAGGGAAGCUGAGACAGAACUCGAACCCAAAUGAAGCCACUGGUUCUGGUCAGCUUUUAAUGAAUGUUUAUGAAUUAGUUUGUCCCAAAAAUCUAAAUCAGAUGUGGCACACACCCACCUGUAGAAAACGGUUUCCAAGAUGCGUUUUUAAAUUGUGCAAAAUGGCUUUUUAAACGGCUGUCUGAACUGAGUUUGAUUCUGCAGCAGUUCUGCUCCUCCAUCCGCCGUCAUCACUGUCCGUGUCGCCACACACUUCCAGCCGAUGGACUGUGAGGUGGAACGGUGGCGUCUUCAGCCACAUGUCGACCUUCAGGAAGGCUCCGAGUCCCUGUUCAUCCAUCAGAAUCUGCAGGAACACGGCUCGGUGGAAAUUCUGUCCGCACUCAGCUGGAAGAGAGACGGGCACCGUGGCGACCCUCACACCUUCCUCCUCCUCAUCGUCGUGCUUCUGUACGUUGUGAAGUGACCACAGAGUCCAGACUGUCGUGGUGCGUUCAGGUGUUCAUCAUGACUGUGUGAUUCAGUAAUAACAUGGAUAAAAAGAGUAAUAACUUUGUAAUUUAAUAAACACACACUGGAAAGAC